AUGGGCCUUACUACCGAAGCAGUCAAUAGCCUCAGAAGCACUUUUGACCAAGCAUGUGCUAGUGCUGAGGGUCUACCGGGCGUGGUGGGUGUCGCGGUGAGCAAAGAUGGGAAGGAGCUGUUCGCCCAUGCGUCGGGCAAACGUGGAGUUGGGUCAGAUGAGCCUAUGGGCCUCGACCACGUAUUCUGGAUCGCUUCGUGCACGAAGAUGAUCACUGGAGUUGCUUGUAUGCAGCUGGUAGAGCAAGGAAAGUUGAAGCUUGACGAUGCCAGUCAGAUUGAGGAACUAUGCCCUGAGCUACGAAACGUACAGGUUCUUCAGCCCGAUGGCAAGCUUGUUCCUAAGAAAAGUGGCAUAACUCUUAGGAUGCUGCUUUCGCAUACAGCUGGCUUUGGCUACACAUUCUUCCAUAAUGGUCUCCGCGACCAUAGCAAGCCAGUUGGCUAUGACGAGUUCUCCGGCCAUCUGAGGGAUAUCAUCCAGCCGCUUGUGCAUCAGCCUGGUGAAGACUGGCAGUAUGGUGUGGGCAUCGACUGGGCUGGAUUCUGCGUCGAAAGAGUCACCGGCCAAUCUCUUAACGACUAUUUCCAACAGCACAUAUUCAAGCCCCUCAACCUGAACAACAUAUCAAUGUUCCCAACUCAGUCCAUGAGAUCACACCUAGCAUACAUGAACUCCCGCGCCCCCGACGGCAAGCUCUCACCCCGUGACCAUCUCCUCCACCGCCCGCUCGUCGUCGACUCCGCCGAAGACGUCAAGACCUGCGUCAACAGCGGCGGCGCCGGCUGCUUCGCCCAGCCGCGCGAGUACUGCCAGAUCCUCGCUACACUGCUCAACGACGGCACCUCCCCUACCACAGGCGCGCAACUGCUGCAGAAAGCCACGGUGGACGCCAUGUUCGAGAACCAGAUCCCGCAGUUCCCGGAUUUUGGGCACAAGGGCAUCCCGCCAGCUAAGCCCGACCUCACGAACCCGAUCCCGGAUCUGUAUCCGGGCAAGAAGCAGGGUUGGGGCCUGACGUUCAUGCUGUCGGAUGGCCCGACCGGGAGAUCGGAUGGUACGGCGCACUGGGCGGGGCUGCCGAACUUGUUUUGGUGGUGUGAUCGUGAGAAGGGGGUCGCAGGGAUUAUUGCUACGCAGAUUUUGCCGUUUUGUGAUAGCCAGUUGUUGGGACUAUGGGUUAAUUUUGAGUCGGGGGUGUAUAGUGGGCUGCAAUAG